UUUCUCACACACCACACCACUACCUCUCUCUCUCUCUAUCUCAACCCUUCAUCUCUUUCUCUCUCUUGUUCUUAUUCUCUCUCCUGCAGUGCAGAUUAUUAUAAAAACCAGAGCAAACCAAUCCCACAUGGGUUCUUCUUUCUUUUGCAUUUAUAUUUCAGAGUUUCUUUGAAAUCUAAUCUUCAUCAUCAGAGAACAGAGGGUUUAUUUUUUUGCAAUGGAGAAGGCCUCAAACUUUGUCAUUAAUGGAGGCAUGAUGAGAUUACCUGUUGGGUAUCGAUUUUGCCCCACAGAUGAGGAGCUGGUCGAGCACUACUUGAAGAGGAAGGCGUUUGAUUUACCUCUCCCUGCUUCUGUCAUUCCUGACUUUGAUGUCUUCCUCACAGAUCCAUCGGCCUUUCCUGGGGAUUUUAAGGAAAAAAGAUUCUUUUUUAGCAAACAGAGGAGUUUCUUGAGGAGAAAUACUGGGUGUGGGAUAUGGAAGUCCACUGGGAAAGAGAAGUUGAUUGUUAACCAGGGCAUUAACAAGGUGGUUGGGCUGAGGAAAUCUCUGGUUUUUUAUGAGUCAAAAGUGUCUGAAAGAACAGCAACGACUCGGUGGGUCAUGCAUGAAUAUCGACUGCCACGCUCUGGCUCUGUCUCUGCAACAACAACUCCCAACUCAACACAGCUGGAAAUGGAGGAUUGGGCUGUAUAUUCUUUGUUUCAGAAUAGAAGAAGGCCUAAAAAGAAAGAGGGAAGGAAAGUGGCGCAGGGAAGUGUAAUGGGUUUGUUGAGGAUGGAGAAUGGUGGGGAAUUUUCUCAGCCUUGUUCUUCGUGUUCAAGUGGAGUCACUCAAGUCUCUUCAAAUGGUACGGAAAGUACAGAUCAGGAAGAGAGCAGUAGUGACUUAGGCUUAGGUUUAGGCUUAGGCUUAGGCUUAGGCUUUUCUUCUUCAUAUUAUGAAGCUCACGUGAGAGGGGUGUGAAUUGUGAGAGCUUCCCCACUCUCUAAUGGCUGAAAAAAAGUUGAAUUUGUUUCGUUUUUGGGUUACUUUGGGCUCUGUUUAAGCAACGAGAUUGAGUCAAAAAGAGAAGAAAAAAGGGCAAAUUUAACUACUA